GUAGCGGUAUAUAAGGAUGAGCUGAACCCUUCUUAACUGGGUGACCCCUAUUUCGGCUUUGGUGAACAGGAACUGAUCCCAAGGACUGUUACCUCUGUUGUCUCGUGCACAGAAACGCAAUCAUGCCUUUCGGAAACACCCACAACAACUUUAAGCUCAACUUCUCUGUGGACGAUGAGUAUCCCGACCUUUCUAAGCACAACAACCACAUGGCCAAGGCGCUGACCAAGGAGAUAUACGCCAAGCUGAGAAACAAACAGACACCCACUGGCUUCACACUGGACGAUAUCAUUCAGACCGGUGUUGACAACCCUGGUCACCCCUUCAUCAUGACUGUUGGUUGCAUAGCUGGGGAUGAGGAAAGCUACGAGGUGUUUAAGGACCUCUUUGACCCCGUCAUCUGUGACCGCCAUGGAGGAUACAAAGUUACAGACAAGCACAAGACUGACCUGAACUUUGAGAACCUGAAGGGAGGUGAUGACCUUGACCCCAACUAUGUUCUGAGCAGCCGCGUUCGUACUGGACGCAGCAUCAAGGGUUACGCCCUCCCCCCCCACAACAGCCGUGGAGAGCGCAGAGCUGUGGAGAAGCUGUCUGUUGAGGCUCUGAACAGUCUGGGUGAGUUCAAGGGUAAGUACUACCCCCUCAAGUCCAUGACUGAUGCUGAACAGGAGCAGCUCAUCGCAGACCACUUCCUGUUUGACAAGCCUGUCUCCCCCCUGCUGCUGGCUGCAGGAAUGGCCCGUGACUGGCCUGACGCCAGAGGCAUCUGGCACAACGAAAACAAGACCUUCCUGGUGUGGGUGAACGAGGAGGACCACCUCCGUGUCAUCUCCAUGCAGAAGGGCGGGAACAUGAAAGAGGUCUUCAGACGCUUCUGUGUUGGUCUGAACACGAUUGAAGAGGUGUUCAAGAAGCAUAAUCAUGGAUUCAUGUGGAAUGAACAUCUGGGCUUCAUCCUGACCUGCCCGUCAAACCUCGGCACAGGUCUGCGUGGAGGGGUCCACGUGAAGCUGCCCAAACUCAGUGAACACCCCAAAUUUGAGGAGAUCUUGAACAGACUGCGCCUGCAGAAACGUGGCACAGGUGGUGUGGACACAGCCUCAGUGGGUGGUGUGUUUGACAUCUCCAACGCUGACCGUAUCGGCUCCUCAGAGGUGGACCAGGUGCAGUGCGUGGUGGACGGGGUCAAGCUCAUGAUUGAAAUGGAAAAGAAACUGGAAGAAGGAGAGGCCAUUGACAGCAUGAUCCCUGCCCAGAAGUAGAGCGAUUCCCUCUUUUCUUUCCUCAUGUUCCUUCCAUUUCUUCUUUUUUUACAUCUAUCCAUCAGGCAGAAUGCUGCUUCACUGAAACUCUGCUUGACUCUUGGUUCUGUCAUUUUCUUCUUGUUCUUUUCCUUUCUCUUUUUGACAUUUCCCUCUGUUGUCUGCACUGCUCAGUGUUUCAGUUCACCUUGGGAUCAGGUUCAUGGCGCAGGUCUCGAGGCCCCAGCGUCAUUUGUUUCACCUUCAGUUCAAACUGGUUGUAAAAAUUCAAUUAGUCAAAAGCUCAAUAAAAGUACCCCAAUGAAACACA